AAGGGGCGGAGAGGGAAGGAUGGGUACAAAGGCGCGCGAGCGCUGGGGAGCACUUUCACGCUCCGCGGCUCCAGGCGAGAGGUCGUGCUGCUGCUGCUCGACGGGGCGGGGGGCUGGCAGCGCUUUGGAAAGGCGGAGCGCUCUCAUUGCCCCCUGCCGUCGAUGCUGCGGUUGCUUUUGCCGCUGGAGCUGCUGCAUGGGGCGCGGAGCUGCUGCUGCUGCUCCUGUGGUCGCUGAGUCGCUGUUGCUCGGGGGAGCGGGCUCCCCCGGUCUCCUUCUCCUUCCUCCUCCUGCUCCUCCUCGCCCGUGGACCACUCGCUGGGUCGCGCGGUGACCCAGGCAGAGUAGGGCACCUCCUUCCUUCCACCCUGGACGUCUUUCCUCGCGCCUCGUCUCGCCCUUUCCUCCUUUUGGAUGCUUAUUCCAGCCUCUCCCACUCUCCGCCGCCCUCCUCGUCCUCGUCGCCCUUCUCCUCCUCCUCUCCAACUAGCAGCUGCGGCCAUCGCCGUCGGGGCUGCUCCGGCGCCAUGCACACGGUGCAGAAGGACACUACCUUCACGAAGAUCUUCGUCGGGGGGCUGCCCUACCACACCACGGACUCCUCGCUGAGGAAGUACUUCGAGGUGUUCGGCGACAUCGAAGAAGCCGUCGUCAUCACGGACCGGCAGACGGGAAAAUCCCGGGGAUAUGGCUUCGUGACCAUGGCUGACAGAUCUGCGGCCGAAAGGGCUUGCAAGGAUCCCAACCCCAUCAUUGACGGCCGGAAAGCAAACGUCAACCUUGCUUAUCUGGGAGCAAAACCAAGGAGUAUUCAAACUGGUUUCACCUUAGGGGUGCAGCAGCUACAUCCAGCUCUCAUCCAGAGACCUUAUGGGCUCGCCCACCACUUCAUUUACCCUCAAGCCAUCGUCCAGCCCAGCAUGGUCAUCCCGACUCCCGUACAGUCGAUGACAUCUCCCUACAUAGACUACACAACGGCGACCCAGGCCUACUCGCAAUUCACCGCUACUGCUGCCUACGACCAGUAUCCGUACGCUGCCUCUCCCGCUGCUGGCUACAUGGGAUAUGGCUACACGGGGGCUGUCCAACCACCUCUCACCGCCUCCAAUCCUGCAGUAGCCGCUUCCACCGCCUUCAUGCAGUAUCCAGCCACACAGCUGCAACCCGACCGUAUGCAGUAGAUGAUGACGGCAGCAUCACCUCCAUCCUUUUGGAGAAGGACUAUUUCUUUCUUCCCACGAUGGAGUGGAAAUAUACUUUUUUUUCUUUAGUGGGUGGGGAUUGGGGUCGGAAUCCGUGAGACGAAAGAGGAAAGCAGUUCAAAAAUAAAUAAAUCGGGAGUUUCUUAAAAGACUUUUUAGGAAGAAUGCAUAUCAAUACCUAAGCUAUUUAUAGUGUUACAGGCAGGCUUUGCAAAGGAAAAGGAAAAAAGAAAAGACAUUCAUAACAAACAAACUUUCGUAAGCUCUCUCUCUUUUAAUGAAGACAAAUAAUUGUUGCAGAGGUGGACUGUAAGCGACUUAAAGAGGAAAACCACAGGUCUGCGCACACUUAAAUCAGUCUGCUUCCACCGACCAUCAUUUUCUCACUCCCUAGUCCUGCUUUUAUGCACUACUUAACUCUAUUGAACUCUGCAGGCUGGCCAUUUGCUCUUGCCACAGAAGGUACCCGGAGAAUACAGUAAUGAAAAAAAAAAGCAACCUUUUUCUUUUUGGCUCAUCUUAAAAACUUUGUAAUAUUCAAGAUGCCUUAAGGAGGAAAGAAAGAAAGAAAGAACCUAUUUUAAUAUUUAUUGCGAUCUUUUUUAUUAUUAUUAUUCACGGGAGCUGUGAAGUGCAGGUGGAAGAAUAGUAAUAUCUGCCUUGUUUAAUUCUCAACUAAAUUAUUGUAUGUAGGUGAAGAAAAAAACGUUCCUAAGUAACGCUAAAUCACUUUCAACAUGCAAAAAAAGGGAAUAUUGGCUCGAAGGACGUUGGAAUAUUCCUUUAGUCAACGCACUGUAAUUUUCUCUCUUCUUCUUCUUGUAAUUGUUACUCUUUUAAGAUUAUCUCAAAAGUUUUAGGUAUAUUUUUUAAAGCAAAAAAAAGGAAGGAAAAAAAAAGAAUACUGAACAUAUUGUCUACUUUGAUAGAUCUUUUGUUUAUAAUGCUGCAAAGCCUAGAGAAAUUUUACAGUAUUUAUAUAAAAAGCUAAGCAUGGGCCCGUGGACCCGUCAGUGCUUAGGAGAAUGUCAGGAAUGGAUCAGAGUUUUUAAAAGGUGUUUCACACUUGAACAAAGAAAGGGUUUAAAACGUGACAUUUUUUAUACCCAAUGGUACAAACUGCUGAUUUAAGCAAAGGACACAGUGUAAGUUAAGUGCAUUUUUACAAAAGAAGAGCAAUAAACUAUUUUGAUUUUUAAAA